AUAGUUGGACAAAAGUUGAGAAAAUUGAUGCAUUUUUAAGUUGAUUUUUUUUCACAUGUCCCGCAGCUCAUACCAAUAAUUUCCUCCAGUAUGGUAGAAUACUUUCGUCUUUGCAGUCCAUUAAGUUCUGAUCAUUUGGUAAUCUGCCUUAGAGCCGACAAGUGGUGUUUGUCUCAAGUGGAACUAUUAACGUUAAAACAAACAUGAAAAAUAUACCGGUUGUAUCGUGUGUCAGUUUCAAAUUGAAAAUUCCUGCUAUCAGCAAAGUAAAAGAAAUUUGUUCUCCCGAAUUCACCGUGUGCGGACUGCCAUGGCAGUUUAAAAUUGUGAAAACCUACUCCGACAAUAAUCAUUUGCUCAGCAUCUAUUUGCAAUGCAUGAAAGAACAUGAUAAAGAAGCGGUAUGGUCAUGUGCCGCCAUAGGAUCGUUUAAGUUGCUAACAUUGGACAAUAGUCGAACCGAAAUCGAGGAACACAUCGGCCCAUUUGUCUUUGAUCAAAGGGAGCGUGGUUUUGGUAGGACAACGGCGAUUGCUUGGAGGGAUGUGUUGAAUUCGCACAGAAAUGCGAUGGAUGACACUGCAAAUUUCGAACUCAAAAUAGAUGUUGCAGAUCCGACUGACAGUAACAUAAGUCGGAUAAUCUUUGCUCGCCACUACAAUACAAAAUUUCGGUUGAUGGUCACCAACAUUAACAAUCUAAUGGCAGCCCGAUCGUCACCUUUUAUAUUCCAAAAAAUGCAAUUCAAUCUGGUUGUGUACAAAAGCUUCUGUUCGCAUCUUGGCGUCUAUUUGCACAAAAGGGGUAAUAAGAGUGAUAAGCCUUUGAGACUACGUAUGUCUGCAAAACUGCUUGCACCGAAGGAUGGGUCAGGAAUUGAAAAAAUCCACACAAAUACUUUGGAUAAAAAUACAUUGAAAAUUGAACAGCUCAUAUCAUGGGAUGCAUUAUUUGAUUGGCGAAGUGGGUUCGUCGACAACAACAACAUUAUUAUGGAAGUCGAAUUGAGUGUAUGUUAAGCUCAACUAUCGCUCAAAUUUUGAAGAAAGUCAUAUUUACCAGAGACAGAGAGUUAUAAACGACUGGAAACGUUGGAA